AUAAUUUAUUCCAAAAUGGACAACAAUAAUAAUAAUAUUAAUGAGAAUGAUAUUGCCAUCAUUGGAGUUGGAAUGCGUUUUCCUGGAGGUGCCGACGCCUGCAUAAAGAAUGCUGAUCAACUUUGGUCAAAAUUGAAGAAUGGUGAGGAUUGCCUUAGUCAACUACAACCAACACGUCUUGCUAAGUCAUACUACGACCAGGAGUUGAUCACCAACUGUGCAGGAGGAUUCUUGCCCGACGAGGAGUGGCGGACAUUUGAUCCAACCUUCUUUGGAAUCACCAAGAUGGAGACUGAGCAGAUAGAUCCACAGAUUCGUCUGCUUAUGACGGUGGUCUGGGAGUCCAUCGAGGAUGCCCAGCUCAAGUAUGAGACUGUGCGUGGCAGCAACACUGCCGUGUUCAUCGGUACAAUGACACAAGGUUACAAACAGAUUGUAAACUCAGAGAUCACUGAUAUGGACCCGUACUCAUUGGCUGGAAACAUUCUUACAUUCAUGUCCAAUCGACUGUCUUAUGCAUUUGACUUCCGUGGACCUUCACUCACUUUGGAUACUGCAUGCUCUUCAUCACUCAAUGCUGCCCUUCUUGGAUGUCAAGCAAUCAGAUCUGGAGCCAGUGAAAUGGCUAUCGUAGGUGGUGUUAACGAUCUUCUAGAGUGCUCGCCAACAAUCCUUCUCAGCAGCAUUGGUGCCCUGAGCAAGACUGGAAAGUGUCAUUCAUUCGAUGCCUCAGCUGAUGGAUAUGUUAGAGCUGAAGGUGCUGGUGUGUGCCUUUUGAAGAGGUAUAGCUCAGCAGUGAAGGAUGGCAAUAGGAUAUAUGCUGUGAUCAAGGGUGGCAGCACAAAUGUUGAUGGCUUCAACGACAAGUCAUCACUGACUGCACCAUCGGGUACUGCUCAAGCCGAGAAUGUCAAGUUUGCCUUGAAGGAUGCCGCCUCAUUAGCCUCUGACAUCUUCUACGUCGAGGCACAUGGCACUGGCACACCUGUUGGCGACCCCACCGAGGUGGGCGCGCUGGCCAAGGUGUUUAGCGAGACUCGCAAGUCUGAUGAUCCACUCAACAUUGGAUCGAUCAAGUCCAACAUGGGACAUCUUGAGGCUGCUGCUGGUGUGGCCUCGCUGAUCAAGGUCAGUCUAAUGCUCAAGAAUCGUAUGCUCAUGCCCAGCAUCAACUUUAAUCAAGCCAACCCAAGCAUCAAGAUGGAUGAGUGGAAGGUACGCGUGGUCACUCAGCCCACGCCCUUACCCAAGGACCGCGUCAUCAAGAUGGGCAUCAACUGCUUCGGUCUCGGUGGCUCCAACUGCCAUCUCAUUCUCGAGGAGCAUGUUCCAACAAAGUCCCCCCUUCAUCAAUCAAAGAUGGUCCAGACUCAGACUCAGGUGAUCGAAUCAGUCCCACGUCAAUACCUUAUUCCAUUCUCUGGAAACUCAAAGGUGUCUGUGGACAAGUACAUUGAGUCAAUGCGAUUGGAUGUUGACCUUCAGGCAAAGGUACCAUUUGAUCAAUUCGUCCGCCAUCAGAUCGAAUCAAAGUCACACUUCCCAUCAAAUAGAAGAGUGUUGGUGGCCCAGUCGUGGGAGCAGCUUAGUGAUCAAUCGACACCAAUGCAGCAGUUCAGCGCAUCGUCCACACCCUCAACAUUGGCAUCAUUCAGUCGCAAACAAUCACAUCCUAUUGUGUUUGUAUUCUGUGGUCAAGGACCACAAUGGACUGGUAUGGGACUGGAGUUGUACAACAACAGUCCAGUGUUCAAGGCUGCAGUUGAUCAAUGUGACUCCAUGAUGGCCAAGCACUUCCACUACUCCAUUCUCAACACGAUCAGGACGCUGCCGGACGACCGCGCUGCCGACAUCCAUCACCCCAUCCUCGCGCAGCCAUCGAUCUUCCUUAUCCAAGUCGGUCUGGUCGCCCUCUACAAUCACUGGGGCAUUCGCCCAUCGAUUGUAGUUGGACACAGCUUUGGCGAGGUCACCGCAGCUCUAUGCGCCAACUUCAUCAGCCUCGAGACUGCAUGUAUGAUCGUGUAUCAUCGCGCCACACUCCAGAACUCAACAAUUGGCAGUGGCAGGAUGUUGUCCGUGGGCAUUGGCGAGGUGGCCUACAACAAGGACUACUCGGCGCGCUACCCCACACUGGAGAUUGCAUGCUACAACUCGCCCGACUCAAUCGUACUCACUGGAGAUGAGGCAGACCUCAUGGCCAUCACACAAGAGCUCAAGGCCCAGAGUGUGUUUGCCAUCAUGCUCACCACCCCCUGCUCAUUCCACUCGUCCAAGCAAGAGUCCAUUCGUCAAAAAGUGAUGGAGACUGCUGAUCUCCAAGAAAUCAACUACAUGGACAAUGAUGAGAAUGGUGCAGUCUACUUCUCGACGGUCACUGGCGAGGUCAUGACCAACAAGCAGGACUACAAUGUCAAGUACAUCUUUGACAACUUGCGCGAACCAGUACACUUCAACAAGGCCAUCACAAACAUCUAUGCUCACAUCGCCGAGAAUAAGUUGGGCACGUCACCAGUCUUCUUGGAGAUUGCACCACAUCCAACUCUGGCAUUCUACAUCAAGAAGGCAGUCCCAGUCCCAAGCGCAUUCAACAACAUCAAGUUCAACCCAUUGGUCGUAUCAUCACUUCAUCGCAAGGAUGGCGAUGUAGAGACACUCCACAAAACCCUCACAAGCGUAUACUUCCAUGGUGUGGACAUCGACUUCUCAUGCCAACUCAAAGUGGCCGCAACAUCAAACUGGCAAGAGACCACCUCGUGCAUACCAGGCUACCAGUGGGACGCCAAUCAAUAUUGGACCGAGCCUUUGAGAUCCAAGAAGACUCGUCUGGAAGGCCCAACCAACAAUCAUUUAGGUCAUCGCAUUCAAUCAUCCAACGCAGGAGGCAUAUCAUAUCUCGCGUUGAUCGAUGUCGCCAAGCGUCCAUUCGCAUUCCUCAAGGGACACAAGAUCAAGGGUCAGUCCCUGUUCCCAGGCACUGGAUACGUGGACAACAUCCUGCGCGCAUUCCGCGACCGCGAUGUAUACAUCCACUCGUUGGACUUCAAGUACCCAUUCUUCCUCAAAGAGGGCACAUUCAAUCAUCUGCAGACCAACUUCAUAGAGUUGGACAACAAGUCCGUGUUCCGUGUCGAGUUCCUUAUCCGCGAGAAUCACAACACUGAGGAAUGGACACGAUCAGCACUUGGCCGCAUCUCUGUCCACCAGCCCAUGCAACCGCACCAGGUGCCCAAGGUCAACGUGGCCGCCCUGCGCGCUAAAUGCAACUUGGCCACACUCACACACGAGCAAGUCUACCAGAAGAUCCGUCCAUCGGGCAUCGAGUUUGGCGAGUCAUUCAGCCGUAUGAAGUCAGCGGCCAUGGGCAAGGACUGCUGCCUGUCCACCAUCAUGGUCAACCCACCAGUGUCUGAGUAUGAUGUGGACACAUUCUUCAACACACCAAUCUUGGACAGCUGUGCCCAGGGUCUGAUCGCGCUGAUCAACCCAACCGAGCUGGUAUUCGAAGGUGUCUCGGGCAUGAAGGUGUACAACUGCAACCUGCCCAAGACCAGACCGGAGCACAUCUACGUGUUUGUGCGCCUGCUCACCAACUCUGGCAACACAUGCACUGGUGAUUGUCAAGUGUUCCUAGAGGAUGGCACACUCUUGAUGCAAGGUGAGCGCAUGGUAUGUCACUACCUCAAGCGCACCAAGGAUAUUGUUCCAAAGAACCCAUCAAAGUACUUGUUCCAGCAACAAUGGCAGCCAAAGGAGUUGUCGCGUAUGGUCACUGGCACCACUGGAGCUUCCGUCUCACAGCUGCUGGGCGAUACAUUGGCCUCAGUUUCCAAGACUUCAUCAUCACCAUGUAUAUUCAAGAUACUGGAUCUCACAGACCAGACUCAACAAAUCGAGUUGUUGGAGACUGCCCACCAAUCAAUCAAACUCAAUCAAUCAAUCAGCAUUGAGUAUUCAAUCCCCACGAUUGAUGGUCAGCCUCUUGACCUCGGCCUGUCCACGAUCCAGGAGAGAUACCUCCCAGCCAGCUUCGACCUGAUCAUCACAAACAACCAACUUGUUGAUCAAGACCUGUCCACACUCCUCACGCCCAGUGGACAACUCGUUACCAUCACGCCCAACCUCAAGAUUACCCAACGACCAAGGAUUGAUCAGUUGCCCGCGGUCAAGGAUGUCGACAGGAUUGUGUUUGUGAUAGCUUGCUCGGACAACCCUGCGGUCAAGGAGCUGGAGUGCCACUUCACAGAGCAAGGCCUGCUCAGCUCAAACAAGAUCGAAGUGUUCAAGUCAUGCCACUUCAUCGAUGAGGCCACAGCAACAUUGUCCGAACAACAAUUGAUCAAGUUCAUUGGAGGUGGUGGCGAAGACUCCCAAGCACCAUCCAAAUGCUCAAUCAUAUUCCUGGCGGGAUUGGAACCACUUGGCUCGGACAACUACCUCAAGAGGACAAUGGAGUACGUCCGAAUCAAUCAAAUAUUGUUGCGCAACAGAGUGACCAACACCAACGUCGUGCUCACUACGAUGGGCACACAAGAUCAGUCGAGCAACUACUUUAACUCAUCAUUGGUUGGCAUCUUUAGAUACUUCCUCGAGUUCCAAGAUUCAUUCUCAUCAGUCUUUGUCGACCGCGUCACUCUGGACUACCUCCUCCAACUCUCCCGCUUCGACCAGCUCAAUGAGCGCGAGUACUCGCUCAGAUUGGACACCAACAACCUGGUUGUGCCAUACAUCUGCAAGAUCAUUCCAAAGUUGGUCGCCAGUUGCUCUGCUCCAGACCGUGGUGAGGCCGACCAAGCAUUGUACAGCAAGUUGAACAAACAACUCGAGUUGGAGUUCAGACCAAGGAUGCAGGUGGCCAAUGGACAGGUCGAGGUCAAGGUGAUGGCUUCUGGUGUCCGCUCCAAGGACCGCUUGUUCGCCGAUCCCAACGUCAGCCAAGACCUCAUGCUCUCGGGACAUGUCUACGAUCCACCCUUUGGCUUUGAGUUCUCGGGCGUGAUCACAUCAACCUCAUCAACAUGCUCAAGGUUCAAGGUUGGUGAUGAAGUCCUUGGUCUGGGCUUCGCCUCACUGGCAUCUCAUGUCGUGGUCAAUGAAGAGUGGAUCGUGGCUAAACCCAGGAACCUCACAUUCGCACAAGCUGCAUCAUUCCCUGUGGACUACCUCACAUCGUACAUUGCAACAUAUGUCCAAGGCUACCUUGAUGGUGACGACAGCGUGCUGAUCAUCGCCAAUGAUGAUGUGAAUGCAAGUGUUGGCCGAGCCACUCUCAACCUGCUCCAACAGUCCAAGCACACUGGCAAAGUCACACAACAACAUGCUCAAUCACUCAAGCAUCAAUAUGGGGCGAUGUUGACCGAUGUAUUUGUUUGUGAUCAAGAUAAAUCGCAACAACAUAAUAUUGCUGGAACAUACUCUGAUGUGAUAUCUGCACGCGGUGGCGUCAACUUGGUCAUCAACACAGGCAGUGGCAGUGGAUCAUCACUCAAGUCAACAUUCGAUUGUUUGGGUCAAUGUGGACGCAUCAUUGAUCUGUCCACCAGCAACUCAGUCGACAAUGACAACAUUAGUUGCAAGCAGUUCCAGCAACCACAUGGCUACACAAGCUUCAAUCUCGAGCAGUUGGCUAUCAACAAACCCAAACUCAUCCAGAGGUACCUCGGCCAGCUGACCCGCAUGUUUGAGCAACAACAACUAUCCAUUGAUAGCACACAGCUGCCCAUCACUGUGUUCCCUGUCAGCGACAUCAAGUUGGCAUUCCAACCAAUCAAUGGACAAAUGGGCAAGGUCGUGGUCGACUUCUCCACCUCCAGCACCAACACCACCUCCUCGAACUACACACGUAUGAUGGACAGCAUGCAAGGACUGCACAACAUUGGCGAGACAUUGUUGAUCACUGGCCAGACAGGUAUCGCAAUCGUUAUAUUGAGAUGGAUAUUGGACAACAAGCCAAAGAUGUUACGUGAUGUGAUUGUACUGUCACGAUCAAGCCUAAAGUGGGAGUUGGAGUACAUGAUCAACAGCAACCUGGCAGCCAACGCUGGAAUCAACAUUCAUUACCGAUCAGUGGACAUCUCAGACAUUUCCGCAACACGAUCAAUAAUUCAACAACUCUACAUCGCACAUCCAUUGAUGGCCAAGGUCAGCUCAGUCAUCCACUUUGCCGCCAUGUACAACUACUCCGAGGUACAGAGCAUCAGCAAGGACAGUCUGGCAAUGACCCAUCAACCCAAGGCAGUCGGCGCUCACAACCUGCACACACUCUCACUCGAGUUCAAAUGGGACUUGAAGAACUUUAUCCUGUUCUCCUCGAUCUUUGGCGUCAUCGGAUCAUCCAAUCAAUCAUCGUACGUGUCGUCCAACGCUGUGAUGGACGGUCUUGCUCGCCAUCGCCGUGCCCAAGGCCUGGCCGCAAUAUCUGUCAACUGGGGCGCACUCGAUGGUGGUGGCGAGGUCGUCAACAACCCCGCCGUGUCCAAGUUCCUCAGAUCAAUUGGCUUUGACCUGCUGUCCGUGUCCAACAUACUUGGAGGCAUGCAGAUGUUCCUCAACAACCGCAUGUCCCUGCCACAGGUGAUGCUGGGACCACUCAACUUCAAGCCAAUGUUCCAGAUGUAUCCACACAUGAGGAUAGUGAUGGAGUACCUGAGCAAGGUUGAGGAUAUCAUACAAUCAUCCAAGGGACUAUCGCUCAGUUGUAGCGAAGACGGUGCCAAUGGCAUCUUUGACAUGAUCUCAAAAAAGGUCACCGAUCUACUCUCCAUGGACAAGUUGGACAACAAUGUAUCCCUUAAGGACUAUGGAGUAGACUCACUCCUAACAGUUCAACUCAAGAAUUGGAUCCAGCGUGAAUUCAAAGUCAACUCAUUCUCCACGCAACAAAUAGCAUCCAGCUCUAUCAAUUCACUCGUCCAGAGUAUCGAGUCAGCACAAUCACAA